AUGUCGUCCUCGGCUACCUUUGCCCGCGUCGCCGCGCGGCCCUUCGCCUCGGCUACCUUCUUCUCCGCCAACACCCCGACUGCCUCCUCCAUGAUUGUCCGCCGCAUUGCCACCGGCAGCCGGCCAGCAUCAAAAACGAUUCCCCGCUUCUCCUCGGCCUCGUUCUUCGCCGCCGCCUUCCGUCGCGGCACCAACAACACCAAGAGCAGCAAUUUCUACGGUCGCCGCUUCCAGAGCGGUGCCGCCGGUGCCGGUGCUGCGGAGGCCAAUGUCAGUUGGUUCAAGCGCAUGUGGGACAGCCCCAUUGGCCUGAAGACGGUGCACUUUUGGGCCCCCAUCAUGAAGUGGGCGCUGGUCAUUGCCGGCAUCUCCGAUCUGGCCCGUCCCGCCGAGAAGCUGUCCGUCACUCAGAACGUCGCCCUGACCGCCACCGGCCUCAUCUGGACCCGCUGGUGCCUGAUCAUCAAGCCCCGCAACAUCAUGCUGGCCGCUGCAAACUUCUUCCUGGGCGUUGCCGGCAUGGUCCAGUGCGCCCGCAUCUACCUGGCCCGGGCAUCUGGUAAGACUGCCGAGCCCCUGGCCGAUGCCGUCAAGGACAAGGUCGAGUCCGUCUAG